AUGCCACAUGCACAGACAAUGAUUCGAGAGAUUCUCAUAGCAGCCGUGGAGAAACGCUUGAUGGGCAACAGACAAUUUGGUUUUAUGCUCUCAGGAGGGCUUGAUUCUUCUUUAAUUGCUUCGAUUGCUACGAAGUUCCUAAAACAGGUAAUUAUUUUUUCUUGAUA